AUGGCGUCCUCCAACCCUCUCUUCUCAUCACCACUCCCUCUGUCCCCACUCAGAUCCCACGCGCCGCUGCCCCUAACCUUCUCCUUCACAACGAAAGCAACCCCCGAUGAUUCUUCCUCUACCGAUGGUCCCACCUCCGAAUCACCCGAGACUGAAAGUUUCGAGGACCGACUCUCACAGGUACGUCUGCGUUACCGGAGUGGCACAGGGAAGAAAGCCGACGCACGGAAGAGCAAGAAGUCCGGGAAGAAAUCCGGUGGGAGUUCCGGAUCGGGGGCAAACAUGUACCUCCCACCGGUGCCUUUGAAGGAGCCUAUUUCAGGUGGAGUGAAAGUGGAUUUCGGAUUCAGCCCGUAUUCGGAGAGGAUGAAUGGACGGAUGGCGGCCCUUGGGUUGGCGGCGUUGGUGUUAGUGGAGCUGGCGACGGGAGAGAGUGUGAUAAAAUACCAUACGCCGUCGAUCAUUUUUAUUCAGGUUUAUUUUGUGGCUGCCGUUACGGCGGUGUAUUGUAAGGUUGAAAAGGAAAAGGUCAGCAUUUGGCCACAGUCGUAG